AUGACAGACUUCGAGAGAAUAUUUGAAAAAGUACGCGAUCUAUUCGCAAGCGGCGAUCCGUCAGCAACCGAAAAAGUCAUCAAGUUAAAGGGAGAACACGAGGAAAUUCUCCAUAAGAAAAGCAUCUCGGAACUAACCUUCAACAACUAUGAAGAAGAUUCACUUGGAACAGCAUUGAUUCCGGAUGAUGAAAAUCUUCCACGUGGUCUACGGGCUCUUCAAGUUUCCGGGGACGGGAAUUGUUUGUAUAAUUCUGCGUCAGUUUUAAUGAAGGGAGAUGAGUCGCUAAAUGGAACUUUACGAUUUCUGACUGCUUGUGAACUAUUUUUAAACGCUGAAUUCUAUGCUAAUCACGAAAAGCUCUCUGAAGCAAAUGCGGAGUGUUCCUACUCAGAGAAAACACUGUUUAUUUUAAUGCUGACGUCGGCAGGCGAGAAAGAGUGGCAGUCGACCAGACGUGCAGUUGAAGCCGUAAAAGCAGAAGCUAUGAGUGCCUCAAAAGACAAGGUUUGGAGCAGUCUUGUACAUUUGAUGGCAUUAAGUACAGUGUUAAAACGACCAAUUUUUUCUGUUUACCCAAACACAAACCCCGCUUUGAGACCACUGAUCCAUGGAUUGGUACAUCCUCGCGUAAGCAGUGCCGCUGACGUUUUGCCGAUCUACAUUUUGUGGUCAAGAGACGGCAAUCUUGACAAUCGCUCUGGUGCUGUAUAUCAGCCAAACCAUUUUGUACCACUGGUGUGUAAUGUUUGUAUGCCCAAGGAUAACACGGCCUCUGCUACUGCACCCACGGCUCAUGUUUCUGCACCCACGGCUCCUGUUAAAGCACCUAGUGGCGGGAAAAAAGCUCCAGCGAUCGCAAUCACCAGUUUUUUUUCCCCAAAGUCUAAAGGCAGCGCCACUAUACUGAAACCAGGCACCAAAAGGCCCAGGGCUUCAUCUGAGAUCAGUGAUGAAAACGAGGUAAAAGUUAAAAAACAUCCCCGUACUUUCACUACACAUAGUGAUACUGUUACGGGAAAGUACAACGCCAAUUGGAAGAAAGAAUUUACCUGGGUAAACUUUGAUCCACAAAAAAACGCGAUGUAUUGCACAUUUUGUCAAGAGGCUGGCGCCGAAAUAGCAGGCAAAACAGACUUUGUCACCGGCUGUACAUCAUUUAAGAAAGAAACCCUAUCCAUUCAUGGAAGGAGCCAUCGUCACACGCGCGCACGAGACCAUGUACUUGGUAAGCAGAAACCAGCAUCGGAAGGACCAUUAAGUGCAGUUUUCCAAAAAAUGCGAAGUCAGAACGACAAAGAUGCGCAAAAAGAGAUGACGAUCAAAAUAAAUACAGCGUAUUUUGUUGCAAAGGAGGAGCUUCCUUUCACGAAAUAUAAAGGGUUAGUGCAGCUACAGAAAAAGAACGGGUUGGAAGUUGGUGUUACAUACGCAAACGAUACAAAAUGUGCCGAAAUGACUGGAGUCAUUGGAAAACUUCUUGCUGACGACGUUUCCAAAAAGUUGAAGGAGGCCCACUUUAUCUCUGUUCUCAUUGAUGGUGCUUCAGAUGUGUCCGGUAUUGAGAACGAGACCAUACAUUGCAAGAUGGUACAGAAUGGGCGAGCAGUUACUCGACUAAUUGGACACAAAGCUGUUGAAAAUGCAAAUGCAACAGGUAAAAAUUAGUCUGUAUCGAUCUUUACUUCAAUCCAGGAAGGGGGGCGGGUGGGUGGGUGGGUGGGGGGGGUAGUAGUACUCUCAGUUGCAUCAUGAUACAGAGUUAAUUGCCGGCCGUGUGGAUUGCUUAGUGGCCCAGCUGCGACUUAACCUAUUUCACCUGUAUGGGCUAGCUAGCAGGUUGUUUGUGUACAGCUGACCCCUUACCUCAGCUGCCUUGCCUUGACAUUUUGUUCUCGACUAUUUAAAAGACAUAAAAUAGCACGACAAGAGAUUCGUUUGGGAGAAACCGAAGAUUAACAUUUGUCAAGGAAAAUCGAAGGAGACUCUGCUGCAACUUUUAAUUUCUCGCAAACUAUCUCGUGUGUUUGAAUCGUGCUACUUUAAAAACUCAGAGCUGCCAUUUUUUUUGUUUACAAAUUAUAUGCAAACUACAGUAAAACAGCUGACGUAGGAACAAAAAACAAGUUUCAAAUGGUAUUUGGCCAAGCUUAUAGAUUAAGUAAUUGCUGCCUUUAUUUGAAUUAGGUCUUGUCCAGGCAGUUGAAUCAGCAUUCGGUGAUUUAGACGUACAAAACUGGAAGGAAAAGUUGACUGGAUUUGGGGCUGAUGGCGCCUCUGUAAACGUGGGCCAUAAAGGAGGUGUUUCCGCAUUACUUAAAAAGGAUGUUCCCCAUUUGCUUGAAAUCCACUGUUUUCCUCACCGCCUGGAGCUUGCUCUUCUUAGCAUGCAACGGGAUUGCCAUCUGGUGACUCAAGUUUACGACGUCCUUCAUUUGGUGUGGAAAACAUACCACUACAGCCCAAAAAGCAAGCGUGAUUUGAAGUCCCUUGGAAGCCAGCUUGGAAUUGACGUGUUGCAGCCAACUCGAGUGAAAGGUGGUUACCACAUGUCAGCAGAGCCCUUGACGUGUUCAUUAAACCAGUAAAGGAUGGAGAUUUGGCAAAAGAUGAAUCGCAGUAUGCAGCUGUUCUACAGCACAUGGAGCACUUAGCCUCAACGUCUCCUAAAGCAGAAAUCAAAGGCAGAGCAUUGAAUGUUGCUUGCGCUAUGAAAAAGGUUUCCUUCCUUGUUUUUUGCCAUUUUCUUGCUGAUAUGUUUCAGAUUCUUGGUAAACUAAGCCUGCAUUUCCAACGAAAUGACUUAAUACUUCCAAGCGCUCUUGCUAUUCUAAAGGAAACAGUUGAAAACAUUAAGAGCCUGCCUAAACGACCAAUUCCCGGUGGAAGAAUGGAAACCCUUCUAGCAAGUUUCGCAAAAACGCAAUGUGAGCCACCAAUGUUUCAGGGAAUUCAACUUACCAAAUCAGGAUCGGCCAAUGUUCGGAACAUUGCUUCCAAAGUUCAUCACAGUGGCAGUGACGAGGUUCCCAAAAGCAUUGAGCAAGCAGUACAGCUUUGCCUGAAAGGACUUGAAGACAGGUUUGGGCCAUUGCUUCAGCACAAGUCUGAGAAAACUGCUACAGUUAAUGGGGUUAUCUCAGACUUGACUGUCUUCAACCAUGAUGCUUGGCCUACAGAUAUGGAAGCCCUUCUUGAUUUCGGCAGAGAAAAAGUCGAACGUUUAAUCAAUUGGUUCAAAGUUCCACUUGUCUUCUAUGGAUGUAACACAGGUGCAAUUCAACCUCAGUGGCUGUCCCUGAAGAUUCUUGUCCAUUCUGAGUUCAUGGAUAAAGGAUACAAUGAUCUUUGGGCCACACUUAUGACAAAGGAGCCGUAGAGGAAUGAACUGAAGGAUGUGUUGUGCCUUGUUGAAAUUCUCCUUGUGCUUCCCCUUUCGGCGGCUCAAUGUGAGAGAGCAAUCUUGGCACAGAACCGAAUCAAGAAUUGCCAUCGAGCCUCCCUCGCCCCCAAGACAACUGAAUCUUUGAUCAGGAUUUCAGCUGAGGGUCCUCCUGUCGUUGACUACGAUCCAGCUCCAGCUGUUGCUGCAUGGUUUUCUUCGGCCAUAAAACCUCGAAGACCAUUCUAUACGCCAUGA